AUGACCACGCCUAACUCCCCGGAGGCAGAGGCCGAUGCGGCCAGCUCCUCAGCCGCGACCCCUUACGGCACGCGAUCGAGAGGCCGCAACGCGCCACGGCCCAACUACGCUGAGGACCAUGACGUCGACAUGGAGAUUGAGAUGAAUGCUCCUGCGUCCAAGGUGGCCAAACGAAAUAAUGGCGUCGCCCUUAACAGCAUUGUCAAUGGCUCUAAAUCCGAAAGUGAAAAACCCUCACCGGUGCACCCCCGGAAGAGUCUGACCAACGGCACUAACGGAAAAGAAGCCAUCCCUGGUACCUCUUCAUUUUCGGCCAGACCAGAUGAUGUCAAUGGGACCAGUUCACUACGAAAACGCAAACAUGCUGCCAGCACAUCAAAUUCACAGCUGAACCCUGGCGGCGCUUCUUCGACCAAGAGAAUUUUCACCUCUGCCCCCGGAGAUGCUGAUGGGGUUUAUUUCACCAACAUGGUCAGCUUUGAAGGCCAGGGACCUUAUUUGAUCGAUGAAAAAUUACACGCUGAUGAUGGAACGACCUUCGCUAUUAAUGAUCAUGUCUACCUGGUCUGUGAGCCGCCAGGGGAGGCAUAUUACCUGGCUCGAAUUAUGGAAUUUGUGCCAUCAAAGACCAAGCCCGACGGGUUCAUCGAAUCAAUCCGAGUCAACUGGUAUUAUCGCCCUCGAGACAUCCAACGACAUAGUGCCGACCCUCGCAUUGUUUAUGCUUCCAUGCACUCCGAUACAUGCCCUCUUGCCUCAUUGCGAGGGAAAUGUGAAAUUCGCCAUGUGUCUCAAAUCAGCGACCUUGUAGAAUUCAAGAGGAGUCGGGAUUCAUUUUGGUACGAAAAGAUGUUCGACCGGUACAUCCACCGUUUCUACGAUGUCAUUCCUACCAAGGAUGUAAUCAACGUUCCCUCCAAAGUGAAAAGGGUUCUUGAUGAUCGGUGGAAAUACAUCUUGGUCGAGACAGGGAGAGCCAAAGAAUUCACAGGUGCGGUCAAAACUUGCACGAAAUGCCACCUGUUCGCUGCCAACUCUGAGUCGGUGGAUUGCGCCGUUUGCCGCUCAACAUAUCACAUGCAAUGCGUUCGCCCCGUCCUCACCAAGAAGCCUGCCCGUGGAUUUGCCUGGGCUUGUGCGCCUUGUAGCCGCGCCCAAGAACGCAAGCUUGAGGCGCGUAACACCCCGAUCAUCGGCGAAAAACGACACGAGGGCGAGGAUGAGAUCAUGGAGGAAGAGGAAGAGGAAGUACAUCUCAAUGGCGCUGUGAACGGUACCGGUGUCAGCACCCCAGCUGCCGAAGACGAUUUGAUGCCUCUUCCUGCGACCGCAGAGCAAAUCGCACAGGCGAAAAUGUGGCCCUAUCGCUACUUGGGCGUACAUUGCCGGGUGGAGGACGCUCUUGACUACGACGACCGAAUUUAUCCCCGUGCGAGUUCUCGCUUGGGACCACGACACCAGGCGAUCGUUCCUGCCUGGCCAGGGCGUCCUGUGGAAUAUGUCAAGGCCAUAGACCUCAAGAGAAAGUACGCGAAGAUGAACGCCGGUAAAAAGGACAGCAAACCUUCCAAGGAGACCCAAUCCGCGAUGGACGCAAAGCAGGAGAAGGCUACUCGACCCAAGUGGGUUCAGGAUGAACCACCAGGGUACAUUCCUCGCGGCGAAGAUGAGCCGGUCACGGUCAAUGGAAAGCAAGUGCGUACCGCAGAGCUAAUAUUCAAGAUGCCAACUGCGGAACAAAUUCCCCGAGGAGAAGACGAUGGCCCAGCUGCCUUCGAGACCCAAGAAGCCCGCGAAAAAUUCGUCGACGACUACGUGGCUCAAGCCAAGAAAUUGGCCUCCGACAUUGGAGUGCCCGAGUAUUCGACCAACUUCCUCGACAAGGCCCUCGAACUGCUCUACUCCAACAGCUUUGAUUCGCAAGCAGCUCUUGCCAAGUUGAAGAAAGUCAACAAAUACAAAGAUCUCAAGGAGCCUCAUCUGCGACCGGAAGAGCUUAAGCUGUUCGAACAGGGUGUGACCAAGUAUGGAUCAGAAUGGCGCAACAUCACCAAGCAUGUCGGAUCCGUGCCUCAUCGGCAGAUUGUUCGGUUCUACUACAUGUGGAAGAAAACCCCUCGUGGCAAGCAAAUCUGGGGCAGUUACGAAGGCCGUCGCGGCAAGAAAGAUAUCCGACGCGCAAGUACCACAUCGAAAUUAGUCGACGACGUUGCCGACGAUCAUGACGACUCCGCCUUUGACAGCGAGAAAGCGGUUACCCUGAAACUGGGGUUCCAAUGCAAAUUCUGCAACACGCGUAGCUCACGACAGUGGCGGCGUGCUCCAGGAGUGCCCCCAGGUACUACUGUCUUCUCGGAUCCUUCGGCGAAGAAGGACAAGGGCCCUGCGCUUACAGUCUCGCUUUGCAUCCAAUGUGCUUUGAUGUGGCGGAAGUACGCCAUCCAAUGGGAGGAUGUUGAUGAGGUUGGAAAACGGAUCGCGACCAGCGGCAACAAGUCAUGGCGGCGGCGCAUUGACGAGGAGAUAUUCACGCAGCUGAUCUUGGCAACUGAAACCCCGUUCGUUAUCACUGCAGCCACUGCGGCCGUUGCGGCCUCGUUGAACAUCCCGUUGGACAACCCCGUCCUGCAGCUCGAGGGCAAGUUGGAUGCUGCGAAGAGGAAAAUGCGGACCGACAAAGACAGCACGGCAACCUCAACCGCAACCUCUGUUGAGCCUAUGCCAAAGAAGGCCAAGGGCACCGAUCUUCCGGUUGUUCCUGAUCCACCGAAGGCGAAGACUCUUUCGUGCGCGGUGUGCAACAGGGUCGAGCCAACCACAGGCGACCAGCACCUUUCAUGUCGGGAUUGUCGCCUGACUGUUCACCGCAACUGCUACGGAAUCCAGGAUUCGCGCCCUAACAAUAAGUGGUUGUGCGAUAUGUGCUCUAAUGACCGCAGUCCGUCGAUCUCGACCACCUACGAAUGCGUCCUUUGCCCUGUCUCAUGGACGGAACAUGACCUGAUGGAGACAUCCAAGAAUACUAGUCGCAAGAAAUCCGAUCGGGAUAAGGAGAAAGAACGGCUGGAGAAGGAGAUGGUCUCCGAGGCGAUCAAGCUCUAUCGGCAGAGACAAGAAGCUGUCGGCAAACCUGUCGGUCCUCGUGAACCAUUGAAACGCACCGCUGGCAACAACUGGGCUCAUGUCCUGUGUUCUUUGUGGACUCCUGAGCUCAAGUAUGGAGAUGCCAAAGAACUGGAGCCAGCUGAGGGAUUCGGCUUCAUCCCCAAGGACCGGUGGCGUGAAGUUUGCAAGAUUUGCAAGUCGAACAAGGGCGCGUGUGUCCCUUGCCACUUUACUGGUUGCAACGCCCACUUCCACGUCGGUUGUGCUUUCCAGGCGCAAUACCGCCUCGGUUUCGAUGUCACUCCCGUGAAGAGUUCUCGGCGCGAUAGCGUGCAGACCAUUCGCCUAGGUGGCGAAGUGGGGGCGGCCGUGCCAGCGAUUUACUGCCCUCACCACGCCGUGACCACUGUUGUGCAUGAGAUUGGAGAGCCGACGGGCCAGGAGGGCGUCAAUGCCCUGCAGUUGUUCGCCCAGACAUACAAGCAGGCCGAUCUCACUCUUACGGGGACUGUUCGGAGGGCAGCGUACAUCCAGCAGUCGGUUGCAGCUCCACCGCACCAUGGCGGACACCGACGGGCCUCCACGAGCAAUGGAGUCGCUGCUGCAAAAGACAAACUGCAGCCGACGCCAAGCGAGGAUGCGCCUGAUGAAAUGGAUAUCGACACGGAUGACCACGUCGCACCUCGGAUUGUGUCCGGCAUUGAGACGACCCGCAAGUGCGUCCGAUGCUCGUCCGAGUUCAGCCCGCGAUGGUGGCCUUACGGGCGACGCUUCGAGAGCCGGCCGUCGUUGGCGAAUGGCGUCGGAUCAUCCUUCCAUUCCCGCCAUCCACCACAGCCUUUCGGACAACCCGGGGAUGCCGAACAGGCAUACGAAUGUCACAAAUGUCAUCUUAAGCAUCCACCCGAGCCGUCGCCCGACCCCCGACCCUCACCUUAUGCCGCGCAGCGACCACCUAUGCUACCGACUCCGCGAAUGCCUGGUCACACCUUUGUGCCGCAUACCCACUCUGGCCCGAAUAGCAGCAUGAUUGGCCGUUCUCCAAGCUCGUACAGUGGUGGAUACGAGCAGCGCCCCGGGGGUGACAAUCGGCGCAAUGGCAUGUCGCCAUCUGCUUAUCCCUCUGCAUCACCAGCGCCCACUCACCACUAUCAAACGCCGCACCCGGCUGGACCUCCGCCGCCGUCCCACUAUCCUAGCACAGGCCCUCCGCCGCUCCAGUCUUACUCGACGCACCAGAGCCCAUACGGCCCAAUGUCGGCGCGGUCACCACACCUGUCCCAGGCAGGCCCGGCUCCACGCCCAUAUGCCGCAUCUGCAUCCCCCCCAGUUGUGCAGGCAACCCCAGUCAACCGAUCACCACAAAACUCGCUCAGCGCGCUUAACGGCGGACCGCCUCCGCGGAUGUACUCGGGCGACCGGGUCCUGGGCGCACCAUCGCACUCGCCCCCGGUCACGCAGGCGCGUCUCGUGGAUCCGCGCGGCCCUACGCCUCCCAACCGCCCCGACGAUACGCCUUCUCACAGUGCCAGCCGGCCGCCGGGUAUGAAUGGCACCGGGUCCGGGUCCGGCGCCAGUGCCAGCCCCUCUCUCAGGAACCUUCUUUCUUAA